AUGUUUGUGAGGCUUUAAAUGUGACAGUCUCACCGGGACCAACAGUGCGAUACUCCGAGGGAGACAAUGCUACCCUUUACUGCCACAUUUCUCAAAAGAGAAAGACAGACAAUUUGCUGGCUGUGCGGUGGGUCUUUGCUGCAUCACCUACCCAGGAAUAUUUGAUGAUCAAAAUGACAAAGUUUGGGUCUGUCCAGUAUUAUGGAAAUUAUACUCAUCAUUUCCACAAGCAAAGACUUCAUCUUCUUAAAGAGAACCAUGGAACUAUGUACAAAUUUCUUAUUCUGAGCCUCCAGCAAACAGAUCAAGGACAUUAUAUAUGCAAAGUCCAGGAAAUUGGCAAACACAGGAAUAAGUGGACAGCAUGGUCAAAUGGCACGGCAGCUACUGAAAUAAGAGUGAUUUCAUCAAAAUCUCCUGAUGAUCCCACUUUCAAGAAGAAACAUGAAGCCUGGAAGUUUUUUGAAGAUCUGUACGUGUAUGCAGUAUUUGUGUGUUCAAUAGGAAUCAUCAGUGUCCUACUUUUUACACUUGUCAUUCUCUGUCAAUCACUUCUGAACAAGAGAAGAUCCACAGUGAAGCAUUACCUGGUGAAAUGCCCACAGAACAGCUCUGGGGAGACAGUUACCAGUGUGACAAGCAUGUCCCCUCUACAGCCCAAGAAGGUAAAGAAAAAGACAGCAAAAGAGAAACAAGAGCAGCCACCAGCUAUCCCAGCAAAAGCUCCAAUAGCCAAUAAUUUUCCUAAGCCUAAGCUCUUGAAACCUCAAAGAAAACUGACUCUGCCAAAGAUCACAGAGGAGAGUUUAACAUAUGCUGAACUUGAACUUAUGAAGCCGAUUCAGGAAGCCAAAGGCAUUCCCAGUACGACAGUCUAUGCACAGAUACUCUUUGAGGAGAACAAGCUGUAACAGUUCAUCCCUGUAUAAUUGUCCUUUGUCUGUGUUCUAUUUAAUUCUUGCUAUGCUGUUUAUUUAUAAAAAUCGUACAAAUGUC